AUGGUGGACAAAAAUGGAGAUGAAAUCAUUGCGUAUGUCGUAUUAGGAGGAAUUUUGGCUGCUCUAGUUGUCUUCGUCUCUUUUGGUGUAUACUAUUAUCAAAGAUAUGGUAAUGGAUCGUCAGAAAUCAAUACCAAUAUAGAAAUGCUAAAUCUAGGAGAUAAUGAAGCACCCAAAAACUACUCUAAGGAAGACAAUUCCUCGACAAACUUUUCACAUGGAUUUCCAAUAUUUUACAUGACUGGCAAAAAUUCAGUUGGAAAACGUAUAAAUUACACUGCCAGGACGACGGGUAAUUUCUACUUGGAGGUGUUAUACAUACACCUUGGUCCUAAAUCCUGUGAAAAAGUAAAGUUUUAUUCAGAAAAGAAGCCAACAUUUGGAUUGUCAUGUACAGAUUUUGGAAUGACGAUGUUUUAUAAAGAUAUUGGACAUGUCGGUAGAAAAUUUAGUUUAGAAAUCGAUGGUUUGAAAUUGGAAGAGAGUGAAGUUAUUUAUUUUAAACUUAGUGGGCACUAUAUCAUAGACACUAUAUCAUAG